AUGGCUUCCGCUAUAUGUGUUUUUGCACAACAAAUCAUAAAAUUUAUUUAUUCGAUUCCCAAUUCGUUGUUCUUACCUCCCGUCGAUGGCAUCAUCUCUUUAUCGCUCGGAAAUUUAGUGUUACGAGAUACUCUACGCGGAACGGAUGUAUUAUACCUCGCCUUAUAUCAUAUCACCGUCCAAUAUAGAAUAUGCGUCAGCUGUACCGAAUCAGAGAUGCGUCAGGCCAUCAGGAUCGCUAUGCAGCAUAUAUGGAGAAAUUUUACUUCUGAUCAAAGAACGAUUUACCUGAAUCUCGCCGGUCAGAUAAACGGUCACAACAUAAAUGAGGGGCUCUUGCACAAACGAAGAAUUAGAAGAGGUGGUGGUGAAAAUUCCCCAAGAUUAGACAAUGUUGAAGGGGUUGGGAGUCCUUAA